AUGGACUACGAAGCUGUCAAAGAACAAUGGAGCGAAGUGGAAGAUCGUGAUGGCGUUCGCCUCAGCUGGAAUGUCUUUCCAAGCUCCCGAAUGGAAGCUUCAAGGCUGGUUGUGCCGAUAGGCGCCUUAUUCACCCCAUUGAAAGAGAAGCCAGAUACGCCUCUGCUGCAGUUCGAGCCCGUCACAUGCAAGCAGCCUUGUCGCUCGGUCCUCAACCCAUUCUGUCAAGUGGAUGUUCGUGCUCGUGUAUGGAUCUGCCCAUUCUGCUUGUCAAGAAACCAGCUUCCGCCGCAUUACAAAGACAUCACCGCAAAUGCGAUCCCACCAGAAUUGCACCCUGCGAACACUACAAUCGAAUACAGGCUAUCAAGACCUGCGACUGCACCGCCUCUGUUCCUAUAUGUUGUUGAUUUAUGCCAGGAGGAAGAUAGUCUGGUAGCCCUGAAAGAGUCCCUCGUAAUGAGCCUCAGCCUGCUUCCAGAAAAUGCGCUAGUUGGGCUCAUUACGUAUGGUACAAUGGCUCAAGUCCACGAGAUUGGCUAUGAGGGCUGCGCCAAGUCCUAUGUCUUCCGUGGAAGUAAAGACUACUCUGCCAAGACUGUUCAGGAGAUGCUCGGCCUGACAUCGCAUGGACCAAGACCUGGAGUGCCACCACAGGCUGGCCGCCAGAUGAACGUUGGAUCCACGUCAAGAUUCCUGUUGCCGGUCCAGCAGGCUGAGUUCCAACUUACUAAAGUUCUGGAGUCUCUACAAAAAGAUCCCUGGCCCACCGCCAGCGACCGGAGAAGUUUACGCUGUACUGGUGUUGCUUUGAGUGUUGCCAUUGGCCUAAUGGAGUCAACGUUUCAAAACUCUGGUGGUCGUAUAAUGCUGUUCGCUGGCGGACCCGCAACCGAAGGGCCUGGUAUGGUUGUUGGUCCAGAACUAAGGGAGCCGAUUCGUUCUCAUCACGAUAUCGACCGCGACAACGCCAAGUAUUACAAGAAGGCACUGAAGUUUUACGAUAACUUGGCCAAGCGUACUGCUCACAAUGGCCACAUCAUAGAUAUAUUUGCAGGCUGUCUUGACCAAGUUGGUCUGCUUGAAAUGAAGGGGCUUUGUAACUCAACGGGCGGCCAUAUGAUUCUCACUGACAGUUUCACAUCUUCAAUGUUUAAACAGUCAUUUGUGCGCAUUUUUGAGAAAGAUGGCGACGAUAACCUCCUGAUGGGCUUCAACGCGGUCCUUGAAGUCCUGACAACUAAGGAGCUCAAGGUUACCGGGCUGAUUGGUCACGCAGUGUCCCUCAAUAAAAAAUCAGUGUCUGUUGGUGAGACGGAGUGUGGUAUGGGCAACACCUGCUCAUGGAAAAUGUGUGGCAUCGAUCCUAAUUCUAGCUAUGGUAUUUAUUUCGAAGUUGCAAACCAAGGGCCGACAACUCAUCAGCAGGCACCUCAAAAGGGAAUGAUGCAGUUUCUAACAUAUUACCAACACUCCUCGGGCCAAUUCCACCUUCGCGUGACGACUAUUGCUCGGAACUUGAGCGGCCCUGCUGGAGAUCCAGCCAUUGCGCAGUCCUUUGACCAAGAAGCAGCAGCUGUGCUGAUGUCACGGAUAGCUGUAUUCAAGGCUGAGGUUGAUGAUGGGCCGGAUGUACUCCGCUGGGUGGAUAGGAUGUUAAUCCGGCUUUGCUCAAGAUUUGCAGACUAUCGAAAGGAUGACCCGACUUCGUUCCGCUUGGAGAAGAACUUCACACUGUAUCCUCAAUUCAUGUUCCAUCUUCGCAGGAGCCAGUUCCUGCAAGUCUUCAACAACUCGCCUGAUGAGACUGCAUUUUACCGCCACGUGUUGAACCACGAAGACGUUAGCAAUUCCCUCGUCAUGAUCCAACCAACUCUGGACUCAUACACCUUUGAUCAGGACGGUGGUCAGCCUGUUCUGCUUGACUCUGCGUCCAUUCAGCCAACCCAUAUCCUUUUACUGGAUACCUUUUUCCACAUUCUCAUUUUUCAUGGUGAGACGAUUGCCGAGUGGAGAAAGGCUGGCUACCAGGAGCAGGAAGGCUAUGAGAAUUUUGCCGCUUUAUUAGAACAGCCAAAAGAAGACGCUAGGGAUCUUAUCACGGACCGGUUCCCCCUCCCCAGAUUCAUUAUUUGCGAUGCAGGUGGCUCUCAGGCGAGAUUCCUGCUGUCCAAACUAAAUCCAUCAACGACUCAUACGACAGGAGCAUACGGUGGCGUUGGUGCAACCUCUGCCCAAACCAUUUUCACUGAUGAUGUGUCUCUGCAGACAUUUAUGGACCAUUUGAUGAAGUAA